CGUUUCCAGGCCUCAAGUACCUUCACUCGGCCAGAAUCCUGCACAGGGACAUCAAGCCAGGCAACUUACUCGUGAACAGCAAUUGCGUGUUGAAGAUCUGCGACUUCGGCCUGGCCCGAGUCGAGGAGCCGGAUCAGAACAAGCACAUGACCCAGGAAGUGGUGACGCAGUAUUAUCGCGCACCGGAAAUCCUGAUGGGGGCGCGACACUACACGGCCGCCGUGGACGUUUGGAGCGUCGGUUGCAUUUUCGGGGAGCUCCUUCGUCGCAGGAUCCUUUUCCAGGCGCAGAGCCCCGUGCAACAGCUGGAACUGAUCACAGAAUUGCUGGGCACGCCAACCCUCGAGGACAUGAGGUUCGCGUGCGAGGGUGCGAGAUCCCACAUGCUGAGGCGCGCGCCCAAGCCACCCUCGUUGACGGCUCUCUACACCCUUAGCAGCCAGGCGACGCACGAGGCCGUCCAUUUGCUCUGCCAGAUGCUAGUCUUCGAUCCUGUAAGUUUUCUUCCCGCCCUCCUCCUCCGGAUAUUUCACUCUCCUUUUUUCUUGGAGGAAAACUUGGGGACGAGCGUCUGUUUUUUUUCUUUUAGAGAAUAAGAAUAAAAUUAUUUCAGAGGUAUUCGAAAGUGUGAAAAGUUUGGGGGGAAUCGAUGGAGAUUUUAUUUUUAGAUCGAAAAAACGAAGAAAGGUUAGGCUGUUUGU